UCCAGAUAGUACAAAACGAACACGGAGAACUGUUCUAGAGUGGAGGCCCACAUUGCACGGGACUACAAGGAAUUGACAGACAGUGAGAAGAUGUCUCUGUAGUCAAACGGAAACACAAGGUGUGAUGCUGAUGUGGUCCCAGGAGCUGCUGGGUUGGUCCCCUCUUUACCUAUCGCCUCACCUCCCUCUCUGCCUCUCUCUGUCUGCCUCCUGUCCACCAGCCCUGUGCUCAGAGAAAGGCCCUUUCUGAUAGUGGAGGCGGGGGGGGAAAAUGGCCUACACAGGGCGGAAUGUGUUUAGCAGGAGUCUCUUCACACAGCCGUGUAGAUUCUUCCUCCUGUCCCUGGGCUGCCUGCUCUGUGUCUUCUCUCCCUCGGGAGUGACAGCAGGUAUGUGCAGGGUGACGGGAGGAGUGUUUGGUAUUCACUGGAGCAGCGUGGUGGGGCUGGGUUGGAGGGCUCUGGCUGUGGGGAGAGGAGGUCCUCAGUGCUGGGAGUCCUGUUGCCUGGAGCCCUCGUGUAGUGCUGUGUGGAGCUUAGGGGGUCGCUGUGUGCUCCUGGGCUGCACUCGCACCAGAGGCUGUAUGAUCGUGUCUCUGCCCCAGCCUCACCAGGAGUCCCUGGGGCUCCUGCAGCAAAUCAGGAAGAACUCAGUGUCCAGACGAGGCAGGCUGAGGAGACCUCCCAGGGCUUUGCCUCGGAAAGCCGUUUCUCAGAUUCCACCAGCAGAUCCAACAACGUCACCGAUCACGACCAAAGGUGUGGCCCUUACUCUGACAGCCAAUAAAACCCUCGAUCAGGUCACCAGUGGGAAUGAAGAGUCUGCCGUUCCUGCCACCUCACAGCAGAAUUCAACAUCGUCAGAGGUCGCCACGGAUACAUCUCUGUCCAAUAGCAGCAUAGGGCUGCCAACAGCUGCAACUCCAAUACAUGUAACCACUCCACCCACACCAGCUGUGCGGGAGCUUGUAGUAUCCGCUGGCAACAGUGUGGAGGUCACACUGCCACGCAGUGAGGUUGAACUGAAUGCCUUUGUUGUGCCGGCACCCCCAAAAGGGACAGAGUAUGCAUUUGAUUGGCGCUUGAGGACCCAUCCAAAGGAUUACAGUGGGGAGAUGGAAGGGAAACACAGCCAGACACUCAAACUCAGCAAGCUCACUGUGGGUCUUUAUGAAUUUGAAGUGAUAGUGGAUGGAAAGGGAGCCCAUGGGGAAGGCUAUGUCAACGUCACAGUCAAACCAGAGCCACGAGUGAAUAAACCUCCCGUUGCCGUGGUAUCGCCAAAGUUCCAGGAGAUAUCUUUGCCAACUAGCUCUACUGUGAUUGACGGAAGCCAAAGCACUGAUGAUGAUAAAGUGGUGGCCUGGCACUGGGAGGAGGUGAAAGGUCCGCUGAGGGAGGAGAAGGUCUCGGCCGACACCCAAAUCCUUACCCUCACCAACCUGGUCCCUGGCAACUACACCUUCAGUCUGACUAUAACCGAUUCGGACGGGGUUCAGAACUCCACCCAAGCUAUGCUGUUGGUCAACAGAGCCACAGACUACCCACCCGUGGCCAACGCCGGGCCAAACCAGGUCAUCACGUUGCCACGUAACUCCAUUACUCUUCAUGGUAACCAAAGCACGGACGACCAUGAGCCUCUGGCCUAUGAAUGGUCCCUCAGCCCUGAGAGCAAAGGCAAGGUGGUGGAGAUGCAGGGAGUACGGACCCCCACUUUGCAGCUGUCUGCCAUGCAAGAGGGUGACUACACCUUCCAGCUCACUGUCACUGACUCUGCUGGACAGCAAGACACAGCACAAGUCACUGUCAUAGUCCAGCCAGAGAAUAACAAGGCCCCUGUGGCGGAUGCCGGCCCAGAUAAGGAGCUGACGUUACCGGUGGAUCACACCACCCUGGAUGGAAGCAAGAGCAGCGAUGACCAGAAAAUCGCCACUUACCUUUGGAAACAGACUAAGGGCCCGGAGGGAAUAAAGAUCGAAAAUGGAGACAGUGCUGUUGCCACGGUGACAGGGCUGCAGGUGGGCACGUAUCAAUUCACCCUGACAGUGACAGAUGAAAGAAAGCUGCAAAACUCGGACACGGUCACCGUCAUCGUCCGAGAGGAGGUGGACCUGCCACCUGUCGCGAGGGUCCAGUCCAGUCCGCCAGUCUCUCUGCCGGUUCGCACAGCAGCUCUGGAUGGAUCCCAGUCGUCUGAUGACAAGGGUGGAAUCAGUUACCUGUGGACCAGAGAUGAGAGCAGCCCGGCUGCGGGGGAUGUGCUGAAUAACUCCGACCACCAGGCAGUGCUGUUUCUUGGUAACCUGGUUGAGGGAAAGUACAGCUUCACUCUAACUGUGACAGACAGCAAGGGUCAGACCAGCUCUGACCGGGGCACCGUGGAAGUUCGGCAAGAUGCUUGGGAGAGGGACCUGGUGGAGCUGGUGCUGGAGGUGCCAGUAUCCCACGUGUCUCAGCGGCAAAAGGACAUGCUGCUGCGACAGGUGGGUGUCCUGCUGGGCGUGCUAGACAGUGACAUCAUCGUCCGUGAGAUCAGCGCAUUCAACGAGCACAGCACUCGCCUGGUUUUCCUGGUGUCUGGGGGCCCAGGCAGGCCACCUCUAUCUGGCCACAGGGUGGCCGUGGGGCUGCGAAACAAACUGCGAAAGCAAAAGAACGAUUUUCUCAUCUUUAAGGCCCGGAGGGUGGAUACAGUCAUCUGUCAGCUGAACUGCUCCAGUCACGGAGAGUGUGACUCCUUCACGCGACGCUGCGUCUGCCACCCGUUCUGGAUGGAGAAUUUCAUCAGAACCCAGUUUGGGGAUGCAGAAAGCAACUGCGAAUGGAGCGUGUUAUAUGUGACAAUAGCAUCGUUCAUGAUCGUGGUUGCUACAGCAACACUCGCCUGGGGAGUGGUGUGUUGUUGCCGAAGGCGCAGAGGAAAGAUACGACGAAGAAGUCGCUACAAGAUGCUAGAAGGAGACGAACAGGACAGUCUGGAAUUACAGCCAUCCAGAACUGGCCGAUUGAAGGUGGUUCCGGCUCCCUCUUCUUCUGCCCUCAUGCACUCUGAUUCGGACCUGGACAGUGACGACGGCCAGGCGGGGAUCCCGUGGACGGAACGGGAAAGGGGCCAGCUUUUACGGCCCCAGAACGGAUCCGUGCGAAAUGGCGAAGGGCCCCACAGGCCCAAAAAACAAAGAGAGGAGCUUUUGUAGCAGCAGCCGCGAUGACUCGCCCACUCUUCAUUCGUCAUGCAAGCCUUGCACUCUUCACACGCAUGUUAACGCAGGGGCUUGUGGUUUUUUUGCGGACGAGGACUCCUGUGGGAUCCUGGAGUGAAC